AUGGGUCCUACUGACCUUGGCAGUGGCCGCUACAGCUGCGCCCAGUGCCGGUGCGUGUGGGACCUGGCUGCCAGCCAGCCGCCCACAGGCGGGCCCGCCUUGUUCAUCCCGCCCCUGAAUUCCACUGCCGCCACGGGCCUCAACCCGGCCUGCCCAGCAGUCACCCUGGAUGGCUCCGCCUUCACCGCUGCCGUGCCCAACUGCACCUCGCCCAACCCCCCCACCAUCGCCGUGUUCAACGAAGGAAUCCAUGGGGUGGUGGUGAUGUCGCAGGCGGCGUGCACCCUUGAAUCCUACUUCUGGGCCAACUCCUUUCAGAUCAAGUCGGCCUCCUUGAACGUCUCCCUGGCCGCCUUCCUGGUGGGCUUCACCGGGGCUGGGCUGAACGCGAGCAGCGCGAUAUCCUGGGCCUUUAGCGGCGGCGGCACCGGCGCCAACAGGACCGCGUCGCUGGCGCCGGGCGCCGCCCUGCCCACCACCCGCCAGCUGCGCCUGCGCCUCAACACCCCCGCGCCGCUGCUGCUCACAAACGGCAGCGGGGUGAGGGUGAGCAUGGUGGGGGGAGUGGCAGAUGGCUACAUAGACGGCGCCUACCAGCUCAUCCGAUACCUCUACUCCUUCCAGCGCGGCACCUGCUCCUGGCAGCUGGCCAGCGCCGCCGCGGGCGGCAGCGUGGCCGCCGCCGCCGCGGGCUGCCCGCGCGUCACGCUGGGCAGCCCCUACCGCGCCUGCGGCUCGCCGCCUGGCGUGUCUGGCGGCUUGGUGGGCGGCGGCAUGCGGCUGUACCUCAACACCACCCUCGGCUGCAUCCCGGAGGGAGCCUUCUCGUCUGUCAACCUCACCGCCGGCGGCGUCGAUGUGCUGCUGUCGCAGGUCAACAUCACUGGGGUGGGCACUGCCCUGGAUCUUGCUCAAGACAUCACUCUCCUCCUAGCCACCGCCGACGGCGCCAUGCCCGCCACCCUCGCCGGCGGCAGCCUGCCAUCGCCAGCUGCCAGCGCGUCUCUAGCGCUGGAUCCGCCGGUGCUGGUUCGGGCAGGCGCCAGAGCUAGGGUGUCGGUAGACGCCGCCACGCUGGCGGGCGGCGAUGCUGCGCAGGCGUUCGUCGUUGUUGGCGCCCUGGGGGACGCCCCGAACUGGGCCAAUGCCUGA